AUGCUUAUCGUGUUAACAAUCAUUCUUGGGGAAGUUGAAGCUAUGGAAGAGGCCUGGAGUUACCAACCGGCUUCUCCAAGAGGAGAAGGAUUGCACACACAAGGGCAUCACCAAAUGGAAACGAAUCGUCAUGGGUGUUGUAAACAACCAGUUCCAUGCUCCCAAAGAAGAGGCAUUACUAGCCAGCUUCUCCGAAUGGAGAAGGGCUACAUACACGAGGGCGUCACCAAGGAAACGAAUCGUCGUGGGUGUUGUAAACAGCCAACUCAAAGAAGAGGCAUUACCAACCAGCUUCUCCAAAAGGAGAAGAGCUAUAUACACGAGAGCGUCACCAAGGAAACGAAUCAUCCUUCUCCAAGAGGAGAAGGAUUGUACACACAAGGGCAUCACCAAAUGGAAACAAAUCGUCAUGGGUGCUAUAAACAACUAGUUCCAUGCUCCAAAGAAGAGAUGUUACUAGCUAGCUUCUCCAAAUGGAGAAGGGCUACACAACGAGGGCGUCACCAAGGAAACGAAUCAUCGUGGGUAUUGUAA